UUGUAUUUGCAACUUUACAAUGAUUAGGACAUGGACCGCUACUCUUCAUCUGAAUCUGUUGAUUCUCCACAGUCCCUCCUCUCAUUAUUGCUACUACUCUCAUCUGAACAGUCAUGAAGUGUGAACUGCUGGGGUAAAUUGGGAAGGAUGUGAUGCACUGGUCAGCACUUCCCAUUCACGAGUUCCCUGCCAUGACCAAUGGGAGAGGGAUGCUCGAGCAGAUUGUAAUGGAGCUGGCAAGAUGCAAUAUAGUUUGUCCUUACUACAUGAAGAUCCAACGAGUAAUCGUCAGGUGGCAGACGCAUUGUACAAUUCUUCCUCAGUUUGUGCCACUUGGAAGCUCUGGCCUGCCCGCAGGUAACAUCUACACUCUCAGCAUAGACGAUGGAGAGGACAAAUGCUUUCAUAUCAGCUCUGACUCCGUCUUCUAACUCCAGAUUCUCCCCCACUCAUCCCAGGACCUCUCUUGCCUCAGGAUCAGUCAUCGCCUUCUGCAACACCCUCUUCUUCUCAUGCCCAUAGAUCCCUGAGGAAACAGGUGUCUGCAGACAGUGAAGUGUGACUGCACACAAGGUGCUUGUGUUGACGGUUGUGUUGGAUGGAGGCUGGAAGUAUAAAGUGUUUGUGUGAGCUGUUCAAGGGGCUCCUCUUGCUGCAGAGCUCGGGGAGCCCAUAUGCAUACACCUUAGUGAUUUAUUAAAAGACAGUUGGACUGCAGGAAAAAUACUGUGUCUUUGGUAUUUAAUUACCGUAGUCACCUAACUAGACAGGCUGACUUUUCAGCUGCAAGACACACCUUUUAAACAAAUGAGUAUCCAUGUGUGGGUGUGUUUCUUAAAGCGGAAGAGGUACACAGCUUUAUAAAGUGAUGUACUGUAAAAGCUGUUUAUAUUUCCCUGCCCACCCUGCCAUCACAAUCAGGAGAGCCAGUUAUGAGUCCUCAUUGAUUGGGUCAUGGCACAUUUGAUCUAUCUACCACUGCUGCUGGCAACAAUCCAGCUGCCCUUGGUUUCAGGAACAGGAGAUCAAUGGCCACUAGGAGGAGUCAAUUCCACUCUCAGCAAGGAGUGCGGGGAGGGCCCUGAUAAAUGGAUUGCUACACUCCAUUGCAGAGCUGGCAGGUGGAUUUUCCAAUUUAAAUGUUGCGAGCCCUUGAAAAAAAGCGUGAAAGUCAUGGUCCUGCCCCAGGGAAAGCAAGUGCCAAACAACUGGAACAAAACAGGUUUUGAGAAAAACCUCCUCUAUGAAUCCAACACUUUUGAUAUAAAUCUAAGGGACGUAAAAGGGUGUGUAAAGCCAUGUCACAGUGAUUCUGAAGUUUGCCUAGGUGGACCAGAACAGGGAGAAUCUGCAAAACACUGUUGCAAACAUUUCAAUGCCAAGGACGAGUGUAUCAACCUUCAUGGAGGCACAAUACAUUUCUCUGUGCCAUCAAUACAUAAUAGGACAGUGAACAUACAAUUUAAAAGAAACAAUACAGAAAUAAACACUACUCAACACUCUAUCACCUGUAAGUCUACUGAUGGCAACAGUACAGGUCUCCGAUUCUACGAGAGCGCUAAAACCUGGAUUGGUGCCCUGAAGCACUGCCAUGGACAGAAUUCCUCCCUGGUUCAGAUAACCAACGAGACAGUGCAGGAGGAUGUUAAGUUGCUCCUGGAAGAGAACUGUGGAAACAUAAACCUGCAGAGAGGGGUGUGGAUCGGCCUGGAGAGAUCCAUCUUUGGCUGCAAUGUCCCCUGGAUGUGGACCUCAGGUACAGAAGUUGAAAACGGUGAGUGGAAUAGCAGCUUCCCCAUCGACCCUGUUAACAACCACUGUGGGAAGAUCAUCUGGGUCAAUGAGUCAAUCACCUACAAGUGGCAGGAUGCCCACUGCUUUGAUGAAUUGCCUUUCAUCUGCCAAGGUAAGCUGUUGUUUUGUUCAAGUCCAAAUCUGGCAUGAGAUUGUUAUUUUUUUAAUGUCCAGGUUUGAAUUAAAGGCCUUGACAUGAUGAUGUGACUACUGGGACCAAAGUAUAUCACUUGACAGUUUACAUGGUUUCUAAGUGACAGCAGAAAUGUACUUUUAACUGUAUGUUCUGUCUCUUUUAUCUUGGCAGUUACAACAUAAAGACUGUAUACUGGAGGACUGCUAACUACAAGAGUCAUAUUCAAAUUCUUCCUCCUCUUCUCCAUCUUCUCCCUUUGACAUUGAUUAUAUUUGAAUAGACCUAAGAUUUUUGCAUACUGUUUUUAUACUCAGCAUACCCUUUCUAAUAACUUUUUUCUCUGUAAUAUGUAGGUACUGUGAGUAAUGUAACGUAAGCAUUUGUUUAUUAUCAUUCAUCCAAUAAAAACUAUAUCGAUUUGAUCAA